AGGAGAAGAAGGAAGAGGAGGAGAAGGAGGAGGAGGAGGACGUCUGGUCCGGGCUGGGAGGUGGAGCAGCGGCAGCCGCCGCCGCCGCCGCCGCCGCCGGAAAGGGAGAGGCGGGAGAGACCGAGACUUGGAAACCCCAAAGUGCCCGCGACCCUGCACGGCAGGCUCCCUUCCAGCUUCAUGGGCAAAGUGUGGAAACAGCAGAUGUACCCUCAGUACGCCACCUACUACUACCCCCAGUAUCUUCAAGCGAAGCAGUCUCUGGUCCCAGCCCAUCCUAUGGCCCCUCCCAGCCCCAGCACCACCAGCAGUAAUAACAACAGUAGUAGCAGUAGCAACUCAGGAUGGGAUCAGCUGAGCAAAACGAACCUCUAUAUCCGGGGACUGCCUCCCAACACCACAGACCAGGACCUGGUGAAGCUGUGUCAGCCAUAUGGGAAGAUUGUUUCCACAAAGGCAAUUUUGGAUAAGACCACAAACAAAUGCAAAGGUUAUGGUUUUGUUGACUUUGACAGUCCUGCAGCCGCUCAGAAGGCUGUGUCUGCCCUAAAGGCAAGUGGGGUUCAAGCUCAAAUGGCAAAGCAACAGGAACAAGAUCCUACCAACUUGUAUAUUUCUAAUUUGCCACUGUCCAUGGAUGAGCAAGAACUUGAAAAUAUGCUGAAACCAUUUGGACAAGUGAUUUCUACAAGGAUACUACGCGAUUCCAGUGGGACAAGUCGUGGUGUUGGCUUUGCUAGGAUGGAAUCAACAGAAAAGUGUGAAGCUGUUAUUGGUCAUUUUAAUGGAAAAUUCAUUAAGACACCACCCGGAGUUUCUGCUCCUACAGAACCGUUAUUGUGUAAAUUUGCGGAUGGCGGACAGAAGAAGAGGCAGAACCCAAACAAAUACAUCCCAAAUGGACGGCCCUGGCACAGAGAAGGAGAGGUGAGACUUGCUGGAAUGACACUUACUUAUGACCCAACCACAGCUGCUAUACAGAAUGGAUUUUAUCCUUCACCAUACAGUAUUGCUACAAACCGAAUGAUUACUCAAACUUCUAUUACACCCUAUAUUGCGUCUCCUGUAUCUGCCUACCAGGUGCAAAGUCCUUCCUGGAUGCAACCUCAACCAUAUAUCCUACAGCACCCUGGUGCCGUGUUAACUCCCUCCAUGGAGCAUACCAUGUCACUACAGCCUGCGUCUAUGAUCAGCCCUCUGGCCCAGCAAAUGAGUCAUCUGUCACUUGGCAGCACCGGAACAUACAUGCCUGCCACAUCAGCUAUGCAAGGGGCCUACUUGCCACAGUACACACAUGUGCAGACGGCGGCAGUUCCUGUGGAGGAGGCGAGUGGUCAGCAGCAGGUGACUGUGGAGACGUCUAAUGACCAUUCUCCAUAUACCUUUCAACCCAAUAAGUAACUGUGAGAUGUACAGAAGGGUGUUCUUAUAUGAAGAAGGUUGUGAAGGCUGAACAAUCAUGGAUUUUUCUGAUCAAUUGUGCUUUAGGAAAUUAUUGACAGUUUUGCACAGGUUCUUGAAAACGUUAUUUAUAAUGAAAUCAACUAAAACUAUUUUUGCUAUAAGUUCUAUAAGGUGCAUAAAACCCUUAAAUUCAUCUAGUAGCUGUUCCCCUGAACAGGUUUAUUUUAGUAAAAAACAAAAAAACAAAAAAAUAAGCAAAAAAAAAAAAAAAACAAAAGAUUUUUAUAUGAUGCAAAAAAAAAGAAAAAAAAAGAAAAAAGGGAAAAAAAAGAAAAGAAAACUUCAAUUCUCUGGGUAUGCACAAAGACCAUGAAGACUUACUCAAGUGCAUGACCGGAUUCUUGUGGUUUUGUUCAUUUUGUAUUUCGUUUGUGUUUUUUUCCGCUGUAUGAAAUGGGCUUUCUGACGUUUAAAUAGUCCGACUUCACCCCUGGUGUUCUGUGCUUGCAGUGAGAGUGUUAACGCCAGUGUCUCUUUUCUUAGCUUUCCGUUUUCCUUCCCACGUCGUGUGAAGUGUCUUAUCCUUUUCUAUGAAUUCCAAUUUGCCUUAACUCUUUUGAUGCUGUAGCUGUUUCAGUAAAAGUUAGUUCAAACUAAUGAUGUAGAAUGCUUUGACCAAAUGGGCUGGUCUAUUAUGCCUUGUAAAACAGCAGCAUAGGGCUUUUAAAAGGUAGUCAAUAAAAGUUGCUGAAAUUUUGGCUUUUUUAAAUAUGUAGUAGGUGUUUUUAAUGAUUUUUCACAUAAUGUGUAAGGUAGUGAAAUGCAAGAAGGGAAAACUGUUUUGUGUGAAACACAUUUUCUGACUGGGGAA